GACACCGUGUCCUCUUGCCUGGGAGAGGGGAAGCAGAUCUGAGGACAUCUCUGUGCCAGGCCAGAAACCGCCCACCCGCAGGUGAGGCCCGGACCCCUGCCCAGUUCCUUCUCCGGGAUGGACAUGGGGCCCAGCUCCCUGCCCCACCUUGGGCUGAAGCUGCUGCUGCUCCUGCUGCUGCUGCCCCUCAGGGGCCAAGCCAACACAGGCUGCUACGGGAUCCCAGGGAUGCCCGGCCUGCCCGGGGCACCAGGGAAGGAUGGGUACGACGGACUGCCGGGGCCCAAGGGGGAGCCAGGAAUCCCAGCCAUUCCCGGGAUCCGAGGACCCAAAGGGCAGAAGGGAGAACCCGGCUUACCCGGCCAUCCUGGGAAAAAUGGCCCCAUGGGACCCCCUGGGAUGCCAGGGGUGCCCGGCCCCAUGGGCAUCCCUGGAGAGCCAGGUGAGGAGGGCAGAUACAAGCAGAAAUUCCAGUCAGUGUUCACGGUCGCUCGGCAGACCCACCAGCCCCCUGCACCCAACAGCCUGAUCAGAUUCAACGCGGUCCUCACCAACCCGCAGGGAGAUUAUGACACGAGCACUGGCAAGUUCACCUGCAAAGUCCCCGGCCUCUACUACUUUGUCUACCACGCGUCGCAUACAGCCAACCUGUGCGUGCUGCUGUACCGCAGCGGCGUCAAAGUGGUCACCUUCUGUGGCCACACGUCCAAAACCAAUCAGGUCAACUCGGGCGGUGUGCUGCUGAGGUUGCAGGUGGGCGAGGAGGUGUGGCUGGCUGUCAAUGACUACUACGAGAUGGUGGGCAUCCAGGGCUCCGACAGCGUCUUCUCUGGCUUCCUGCUCUUCCCCGACUAGGGCGGGCAGAUGCGCUCGAGCCCCACGGGCCUUCCACCUCCCUCAGCUUCCUGCAUGGACCCACCUUACCGGCCAGUCUGCAUCCUUGCCAAGACCAUUCUCCCCACCAGAUGGACUUCUCCUCCAUGGAGCCCACCCUGACACACCCCCACUGCACCCCCUCCCCAUGGGUUCUCUCCUUCCUCUGAACUUCUUUAGGAGUCACUGCUUGUGUGGUUCCUGGGACACUUAACCAAUGCCUUCUGGUACUGCCAUUCUUUUUUUUUUUUUCAAGUAUUGGAAGGGGUGGGGAGAUAUAUAAAUAAAUCAUGAAAUCAAUACA